AAAAUUGAUUUAGUUAUGCUUGAACCUAAAAAAGUGUAUAAGAGUGACAGGGUGUUUGCUACCAACAUUGUAGAAAAAUAGAGUAAUUUAGUAGACUACCCUUCAGUCACGGUGAAAUUAAGGGAAAGCAUAGGGAGCGUUUAAUUGAAAAGUCCCUGGGAUGGGAGAUAUGGGGAUAAGAAAUUCUAAGAGGGAACCCUCUCUGGCAGAUUUUAGGGAUGUGUGGGAAGUUGCAGAUAGGAUAGCAGCCUCAUGGAGUGGUUCUAAACAUAGACAGGAAAAGGAGAGGAAAGAAGGGAUCUUUAAAACUAAAAAUGAAGUUGACGCAUUUAUUCUAUCUAGUCUAGCCGGAGAGUUUUAUGCCUGGCUUGGAGAGGAAGAUGUAAAAUCUGUUUUCAGAUUUAUUUUUCUCGUCUUUCUAACCAACAAGGCGUCUGUAGAGCAGAGCAUUCAAAUCUUAUUGUUAAUCCGGGAUCUUGUUUUUCUUGAUCAAGUUCAACCUGAAGUUCCUUUCCAGGACCCCACUGAUGUUUGUUUUACAGUUUACACACAUCUACAAACACUUUCACAGGGCUGUAGUAAAACGAAAAUAGCCUCGCUAAAAACUCUACUACUUAAACUUACAAAGGAUCCAGUUGUUGUUGAUGAACUAGAUACAAGAUACAGAGAGUUCUUGGUUUCAUCGUUUUCAAGAAUCAAGAUUCAAAAUUGCAUCAUGUCACUUUUAUAGGAUGUAAACUGCAUCAUGCCUUUGUUUCAAAGCCCAUUGAAUGUACAUGACAAAAAAUCAGACUAAAGAUUAUAUAUCUUUUUUAUAUUCAAAACAGCGUGCAACUAAAAUUUAAUUAUUUUACUGAAAUUUUAAAAUGAACUUUUCAGAUUUAAUUAGAGUUGUGUUUCGUUUGCGUUUUACUUUACUUUGGAGACUACUAUGUAUUUAAAAUUUUAUCCAUUAUUUGUAAAACAGCCUUAUUCCAAUCUAUUAAAAUGUUUCAAUUGUUUGUUUUUCAUUAUUUUAUCUUAAUAAAUUCAUUUGAAAAUAA